AUGGCAGGUAGCACCGGUCCUGACAUCAUUCAACAUGCUGGCCGAUCAUCAACACAGAAGCGCAAAUAUCAGGACAGCUUUCCUGAAUCUCCUAUGGCUAGUAACCUGGGUUCAGACGAACUACAUAUUGCAAAGAGGAUGAACGGGGCCUCCGCCGCGCAAAGACGUCGAUUGACCAAAAAGCCCCGCCUAGUCGAAACCGUCAACUCCUUGUCUCUCGACGAUUUCAUUGAGCGCUAUGUUCCUCCCCACACCUUGACGCGCGCCAUACAGGUUCCAUGUCUUUCUCGAUGCCAGGAAACCGAGCUUCGGAACCGAGAGAAUGAUAAUGAAGACUAUGAACAAUACACCAUCAAAUUCUAUACCGCGUCCACGAUCCCAAAGCACUAUUUCGACGCAUGCUUUGCUCUUCUCAAGUACACCAGCGUUGAAGCAUAUAAAAACUCCCGCAAUGGAUGGUCGCCGGCGAAAAAGAAAGCUGAAAUGAAACUCCCUGAUAUGCGCUAUAUGUUACUUCUUCGCCAGUCCAAUGAAGAGGAGUCCCAAAAGACCACUGAGCAGUCCGUGGAGAAUGGGAAUCUUGGUGGAAUGCUCUCCUUCAUGACUACGUAUGAGGAUGGCUUGCCUGUUCUCUAUUGCUAUGAGGUCCACUUGGCACCCAGGCUGCAACGUAAAGGAGUUGGAAAGCAACUGAUGCGUGUAUACGAGGAGAUUGGGCGAAACAUCGGAUUAGAAAAAGCAAUGUUGACAGUAUACAAAUCAAACGAGUCAGGAGUAAAAUUCUAUGAGCGGCUAGGUUUUGUCGAGGAUGAAUUCUCCCCGAAACCCAUGAAAUUGCGGAACGGGCAUGUGAAAGACUUCGAUUACAUGAUACUGUCUAAAUCAUUAAAGGGCAAGGCGGAAACAGCGCAAGAACAAGCGUCCACCUAG